AUGAAUAAUAAGGGGACUCGUCUUGCAACUUCUGUCAUUGUUAACAACACAGUUAAAGGAAAUAACAACUUCAAUAUAGUGGUAAAUCUUCCUGUUUUGGAAUUGGGAGUCCCGCCUCCUAAUUCUUGGCCUUCCCGAAGUCCUCCACAAAAUCAUACACAUUUGCAUGAACCACCCUUAUUGCAGCACAAGCGUGUGGACAUGGAAUCCCUGUCAUUUUUUCUGCAUAAAAUGGAAAGGGAAAAGCCAAUCAGGUUCAAUUCACAUGUUCUGAUGCUUGCAACUAACAAUUAUUCCAACAUGUUGGGUUCAGGUGGUUUCGGAUCAGUCUAUAAAGGGAUUUUCAGUGAUGGAACCAUCGUGGCUGUGAAGUUUUUGAAUGGGAGCUCAGACAAGAGAAUGGAGAAGCAGUUCAUGGCAGAGGCACUAGUUUAUGAGUUCAUGGGCAACGGCUCACUUGACAAGUAUCUAUUUAAGGAAAACAAGAGGUUGGGAUUUAAAAAGCUUCAUGAGAUUGCCGUUGGAACAGCCAAAGGAAUUUCUUAUUUGCAUGAAGAAUGCCAACAGAGAAUUGUCCACUAUGACAUAAAACCAGAAAACAUCCUCUUGGACGAUAACUUCUAUCCUAAAGUUGCUGACUUUGGUUUGGCCAAGCUUUGUAAUAGAGAAAAUACUCAUAUCACCAUGACCGGAGGUAGAAGGACUCCCGGUUAUGCUGCGCCGGAGCUCUGGAUGCCGUUUCCGAUAACUUACAAGUGUGAUGUUUACAGCUUUGGAAUGUUGUUAUUUGAAAUCAUAGGUAGGAGAAGGAAUCUUGAUGUUAACCUGACAGAAGAAAGUAAAGAGUGGUUUCCAAGAUGGGUUUGGAUCAAAUUUGAUAAUGGAGAACUAAAUGAAAUGAUAAGAGUGUGUGGAAUAGAGGAGGAAAAUAAGGAUAUGGCAGAAAGAAUGGUUAAGAUAGCUCUUUGGUGUGUUCAGUAUAAACCUGAACUGAGGCCUAUGAUGAGUGUUGUGGUGAAAAUGUUGGAGGGUUCAGAGGAAAUCCCAGAGCCUGUGAAUCCUUUUCAGCACUUCAUGGAUGGAAGUUAUUCUGUAGAAUCAGUUCAGACAACACAGACUGAUACUAGUUUUGCUUCUGGUUCCUCUAUUACAGCAUCUAAACCUAGCACUGUGAAUGCUACUCCUAUAAUGAGCAAGUAUGAGAGCCAAAUAGCCUCUAGCCAGGAUUAA